AUGGCUGGAGAUAAGGAAAAUGUUGUAGAGAAGGACAGCUUAGAUACCUCGAGUCCCCUAUACAUGCAUCCAUCAGAGAGUUCAUGUUUAGUAUUAGUACCUGUGGCCUUUGAUGGCACAAGAUACAGAUCUUGGAGGAGAGGUGUACUUAGAGCCCUUUUAGUGAAGAAUAAGUGGGAGCGAUGUGAUGAUAUGGUAACUUCAUGGAUUCCAAAUUCCCUUUCAAAGGAUCUAGCGGAUAGUUUGCAAUAUGUGAAUAAUGCAAAGGAGAUGUGGCAGGAGUUAGAAAAUAGGUAUGAUCAAACCAACGGAGCAAAACUUUACCAACUUCAGAAGGAAAUCAAUGAUUUGAGUCAGGGAACCCUUGAUAUAACGGGCUAUUAUACAAAAAUGAAGAAGUUGUGGGAGGAGUUGAACACACUGAAUGCACACGCACAAUGUAGCUGCCAGUGCACCUGUGGAGCUAAAGCUAAUAUGCACAAGGCUGAGCAAGACAGAAGAUUGAUACCGUUUUUGAUGGGCCUAAAUGAGGUGUAUACUGUUGUGAGAGGGAGCAUGUUGAUGAUGAACCCCCUUCCAAGCAUUGCUCAAGCUUUUCCAUUCUCAUACAAGAAGAGAAGCAAAGGAAAGUUAAACCACAAAAUCAGCAACUAG